AUGGGAGGUAAUAUCCGUCAAUUUCACAUUGGAAUUGCCUAUAUAUUGAACGCUUCCUCGGUGCUCUCCAACCUCUUUUUGGUAAUGUUGUCCGUCAACAAAUGUGGGUAUCAGAUGCGGAAGUACCGGCCAAUCUUGUGCCUUACCGCAUGGACGAACAUACUGUUCAGCUUUACAAAUACCUUUGCAGUUGUGGUAAGUUGAUAUUUUUUAUGUAGGUGGCACUGUGGCACUAUUGCCGAGUUGUUCACUGUUAGUUUUCAGACCAUAAACGUCUCCGAAAGGCACAUUUUCCUUUUGAACAGCGGGUUCCUCGAGAAUGUUGGGAAUCCGAUUUCGGGUAUCCUCACGACUUCCUGGUUCUUCCUCACGUACACACGACUCACAAUGGCUUUGAUGUUUUUUGUAGUUCGCUACGGCUUCAUUUGUCGUCCCAAGAAGAAGCUUCAGACGACAAUAAUUUUAUGUUUUCUGGAAGCCUUCAACUUCGCGACAUGUAUUUCUCUGGCCAUGGCAUUUGAUGAUGACGGAAAGUUGAUGUUUCGAUCAAUCUUGCGGAAAAUCGGAGGGAUAUACCCGAGUUCAGUCGCGUUUAACGUGGUUUCGCUGGUAAGUUGUUGGCAUAUUAUAACCUUCAAAUAUUGUUUAGAAAGAUCCGUUCCAUUCCAUUCAUCUGUGCUUACUCUGUGUUCUGACUUUUGGGGAUUACUGUAUAAUGGCAGUCAUGUCUAAUCAAUGUUAUAAGACGUUGCAAGAAAACCGACUCAAUAUGGGGAUGUCAACUCUCAGGUUUCACACUCAGCUCAACAAACUGAUGGUGUUUCUGGUAAGCGUGGAGUAGGAGAGUAAGAGAAACCUUGCUCAUAGAGUGGCAACUUAACCAAUUUCUGAGCGAAUGCUCAGCCACCCAGGCAUAUUACUACAGCAGCAACGAUACGUUAAAACGAACGGUCUUUAAUUUCUCUAGAUUGAAAGGGAUCUUUUCAGGGCACCGCACCUUUUUUGACAUUAAUCUUCCCCACCAUGGUAAGGAUUGUCGCUGUGUAUGCAUGGCCAGGUGACUUGUACACUCCAAUUUUGACAAGCAUUUUCGAGAGUUCUUUGCCGACUGUGGACGCGGUUAUGACCAUCUACCUUAUCCCAAGUUUCCGUCGGGCGGUGCGAAAGAUGCUCCGCCUUCGAAACCCCACCGCCGCUGAGUCGACGAAUGAGAGUGUGUUUUCACUCUCUGCGCCGCGCCGACGCUGAAUAACCCCUAGAAAACCUCAUGUAUCUAUCACACCCACAUAUCUUGUUAAUAAAUAUAGCAUAUCUGAUAUUUUAAUAAAAAAUAUUGGUGUGUAAAAUGUCUCGAAAAGGCAAUAAAUAUAAGAAAAUAAGUGCAGCGCAAAAUAAGCUUCAUUUGAAAAUGAGUACAACCGGGAGGCAUUUGGACCACUGCCGAGUCUCGAAGCGAUCAGAUUGACAGCAUUGGCAUUCCGUCGCAAGCCGUGGAAAUGGGAAUUAUGGGGACAAUCUGGACACUUGGUGGGAGACUGCACGUGGGAAACGGCCGAGAAGUGUCGAGGACCGCUCGGGCCAGAAGAUUCACCAGUGAUAUUAGAUCCGAUUGGUAUUCGUUUAUUAAUAUUGUAUUCGGGUUUGAGGUGAUAAAUCGUGUGUUGUCUAUCGUUGGGAGUUGUUGUUUGGGUUGGGUAUUUUAGGAACACGUCGAGGGAUUUAUUCCGAGACUCUUCCGGCUGAACGGUGUCCGAACCAGUGAGUGAGGAACCGAGGAUUUUCAGUAGUAAUGCAUGCUACCAUUCUGAACGACUAUAUCAAUGUACGGACUACACCAUAUAAGGCGUGUGAAUAUUAACACCCUGUUGUCGAUUCAUGCAGUCUUGUAAGACCUCAACCGACAUAGUAUGUUGUUGACAAAUCCUAUCGGCCUUAGGCAACUGCACCCCUUAACUUUAGGCAAACGACCGUUUUCGUGUUUGGAGCAUACUACAAAGCAUGACGCAAGCCGAAACAGUUCCACCUAAGAAAAACAAUUUGCAGUUUGGUUGUAUUGCACGUACGCACCUAAAUUUACGCUGCUCCUAUAAUAUUUCUAUCGUACCCCUUCAAGACCAUGGGUCGGGUUGACAACGUGAGGCCAUGAAGAAGUUUCUGGCGCCUUAUCUUUGGAAUUCUGCUGGCAGCCUACAACCUUGCUCGGUGUUUGAAUUCUAACUAUUUUUAAUAUUGGUUCUGCUAUUUUUGGCCUUAUUUGGACAUGGGCCGACUCGCGGGCCGAAAGUAAUUUUGGCUCGGCCUGUAAUCUACGUCUCACAGUCUGUUUACAGGCCCGAAACAGACUGUAGUUCCACCACUCAGAAUAUUUUUCGCAAUUGGAGGCUGAAAGUAUAAUUCGAGGCAGGGAUUGGUAAUACAAUAAAUCUUGUGCGUGGACGAAUGUUUGAGGCGCUUUAGAAGAAAGACCAUGCUAUUUGAUAAACAUGUUUUGGUCAUCUACCAUAUCAACGUUUUAUCUGUCAUAUCAAAUUUUUUCCUACUCUACUUGGCCAUAUAUUAUUCGGGUCAUCAGAUGAAAAGAUAUAAAUUUCCUUUGGUGUUCAUCUGCCUCUCCAAUUGUCUUUUUAACGUUAUAAAUACUGUUAGUGUGUUGGUAAGUGAUUUCUGACGGCUUUAUGAUACUUAUCGGUUAUUUAUGUGCAGACUUUCGACAUCGUACACGAUAGCGUCUUCUAUUACAAUAAAGGCUUCUUUGUCAGUAACGACGGGUUUUUUGGCAUCACCUUGGUGUUCAUAUGGCUGAUUAGCAUGCAGAAUUGUGUGGUUGCAGUCAUAAGUUUUUUUGUCUAUCGUUAUACUGUAGUUUGUGAAGCUAGUCUCCGUUUUCCCGGCGGGGUUUUCGGGAUUUUGGGUCUUCUCGAAGCCAUGAACUGCAUUUUGUUCGGCUUACUUAUUGCAUCGUUCGACAACGGCAACAAGUUCACUUAUCAUCGACUGCUGCAAGCAAAUGGAAUCGACUUGCCAUUUGGGGUGUGGUUUCACGUCGCGGAUGCGGUAAGAUUUCUGCAGCUUGGAUCUUAUUUUUCAUGCAUGCAAUAUGCGCUCCUCACUCCGUCUCUCUGUCUUUAGUGAUGCGCUCUAACGCAGAAGAGAGUGGCAGAAGAGAGUGGUCGUAGGAAGAUAAAUAUGGAAUCAUUGUAAAGCUUAUGGAAUACUAAGAUGUGUGACUUUACGCUUGUGGUACUGUAGUGCUGGCCUAGCACGUACUGGGGCAAUAUGUUCUUUUGGCCUGGUCAAAAAAAAUGGCCACCCAUAAUUAUUGUGCUUUAAAUGCGGUUUAUGUUAGAAAUUGCCGCCAUAUGCAACUGGACUAGGAUAACUAUAUCGAUACACACCAAUUCCACUAUUUUUUACUUUGCACAUAUGCCCUCAGGCAUCAGUCAAGGUUGAUGACCUUGUUCAUGGUUAAGGCCCGGCCAAAUUUUUUUUUGGGUUUGUGCCGUUGUUUUGAUAAUCCGAAGCAAUACUGUAGACGGUACACUGCUCGACAAAAUUAUAAAUGCACUUCUAAAAUCACUGUAACUUUUGUGGUUUUCAGUAAAACUGUGCCAUAUUUGGCCCAAAUGUGUACCAGUGUACUAUAAAUCUUGUGCCAAAAAAUUAUUUUGAAAACUUUCCACAAUUUGGAAAAAAGUUGAAAAAACCGAAAUUUUGGAGAUUUUCUUUGCGACAAAAUUAUAAAUUCACGCAAUAUUUUGCAAUUUUCUCGCCGUUGGCGCUGAAGCAAAGUAAGUUAUUUGGCUUAGUGGUUUCCUUAGGUGCCCUUCUGGCAUGCUACGAGGAAAAACAGCGACAGAAUUUGAAAAAGGCGGAAUUACGACCCUGAAACCGCAAAGACCUCGGGUUUGCCAGAUUUCGGCUCAGGUAGGCCGUUCAGCCGGAGUUGUGAAGAACUACUUGGCUCACUCGGAAGUCUUCAACACGGCUAAACGUUCUGGCAAAAAAGGUUUACCACCGCGGCAGAAUUAAGGCAGAGAAAUCCGCUGAGCUUCCAACUACACCAUCUCUGGGUCUCAUAUAGAGCAAGAAAAAGGUCUCAAUUUUAGCAGGAUAGCUAUGCUGAGGGCACUAAGACGCAGCGAUGUCAUCACUGGACAUCAUAUGAAGUCGUGCCCCCAGCUGGCCUAGGUUCGGUUAGCACGCGACCGAAAUUGGCCAAGAUGACUUUGACAAAACAGGUUGAGUAGUCAAGGGUCAGUUUCCCAGCGUUGCAGCACCGAAUUCCUUGCAGAUUGCAUGGUCAGACGAUGUCCCCGACGGUUUUCCACAUAGGACAUAUCACUGUCAUUACAUCAGAAGAGAACCGCGUUACUUCUUGUACCGUAAUGUUGGAGGAUCUGUUUUGUCAAAGUUACCUUGGCCAGUUUCAGUCGCGCGCUAACCGAACCUAGGCCAACUUGGGGCACGACUUCAUAUGAUGUCCAGUGAUGACAUCGCUGCGUCUUAGUGCCCUCAGCAUAGCUAUCCUGCUAAAAUUGAGACCUUUUUCUUGCUCUAUAUGAGACCCAGAGAUGGUGUAGUUGGAAGCUCAGCGGAUUUCUCUGCCUUAAUUCUGCCGCGGUGGUAAACCUUUUUUGCCAGAACGUUUAGACGUGUUGAAGACUUCCGGAUGAGCCAAGUAGUUCUUCACAACUCCGGCUGAACGGCCUACCUGAGCCGAAAUCCGGCAAACCCGAGGUCUUUGCGGUUUCAGGGUCGUAAUUCCGCGUUUUUCAAAUUCUGGCACUGUUUUUCCUCGUAGCAUGCCAGAAGGACACCUAAGGAAACCACUAAGCCAAAUAACUUACUUUGCUUCAGCGCCAGCGGCAAGAAAAUUGCAAAAUAUUGCGUGAAUUUAUAAUUUUGUCGCAAGGAAAAUCUCCAAAAUUUCGGUUUUUUCAACUUUUUUCCAAAUUGUGGAAAGUUUUCAAAAUAAUUUUUUGGCGCAAGAUUUAUAGUACACUGGUACAUAUUGGGGCCAAAUAUGGCACAGUUUUAUAGAAAACCACAAUAGUUACAGCUAUUUUAAAAGUGUAUUUAUAAUUUUGGCGAGCAGUGUAUUGAGGCCGCUAAACAAUGAAUGUAGAAUCUUAAACAGGCUUUAUUUGUACAAGAACAUCAUGGACAUUUGUUUUAACACGGCAACGGUUAAAGGAAACGACCGUCCGAAACGACAGAUACCGUUUUGUUACAGUUUUCGACUUCAUGAAGUAAUCAUGAAUUUUGUCCGGUUCCGAAACCUCGUUGAAUAGAAAUUAGAAUAUAGUAUCGCAUUUGUGGCGUAGUUGAGAUACCACUUAAUCAUUUAAAGAUAAAUAUUAUAAGCCCCUAAAGCGAAAAUUAGGGUUGCAGAACUUGACAAAGUUUAUGACUAUUUCCUGAAGUCGAAAACUGUAACAAAACGGUAUCUGUCGUUUCGGGCGGUCGUUUCCUUUAAUCGGUGCCGUGUUAAAACAAAUGUCCAUGAUGUUCUUGUACAAAUAAAACCUGUUUAAGGUUCUACAUUCAUUGUUUAGCGGCCUCCAAAACGGAUUUUUGGAGAAAAUUAGGUCAAAAUAUUUCAUUUUUUGAGUUUUCUUAUCAAAAGAGGCGCAAUCUUGGCAAAAGUGGGCAGUCUUACACACGAAUACGAUCAAUACCGUCUACAGUAUUGCUUCGGGUAAUUAAAACAACGGCACAAACCCAAAAAAAAAUUUGGCCGGGCCUUAACCAUGAACAAGGUCAUCAACCUUGACUGAUGCCUGAGGGCAUAUGUACAAAGUAAAAAAUUCUGGAAUUGGUGUGUAUUGAUAUAGCUAUCCUAGUUUAGUCCCAUAUGGCGGCAAUUUCUAACAUACACCGCGUUUAAAGCAAAAUAAUUAUGGGUGGCCAUUUUUUUUGACCAGGCCAAAAGAACAUAUUGCCCCAGUAGGCCAGCACUACAGUACCACAAGCGUAUAGUCACACGUCUUAGUAUUCCAUAAGCUUUACAAUGAUACCACAUUUUUCUUCCUACGACCACUCUCUUCUGCGUUAGAGCGCAUCAUCUUGGGGUGGCCGUUUUUUUUGAACCGCCAUGUACAUGUCGUUGCGUUUCAGAGCUCCAGGAUAUACACCGUCCAUGUAUUCGUGGCCCUGUUUCAUAUCAUCCUCAAUUUCUCGCUUAUAGCGUACUGCGCAAGGCAGACCUGGAAGACCUUGCAAAUUACAAAGGUUCGAAUGGGUAUCACGACACUUACUUUCCACUCUCAACUCCACAAGAUCCUCGGUUAUAUGGUAAGCAACAGAGACGAAAUGGAACCACGUCACAUAACGGAUACUUUAACAAUAAAUUUCAGUGUACGUAUCUAAUCCUUAUGCUCUUAAUCCCAGGCGGUCUUCGAAUAUUCGAAGCCAACUUUUUGGAUCUACCCUCUACUCGGAUCGGAAUCAUCACCAGUCUUUUCAGCAGCACUCUGCCCCUUGUCAACGCGUGGAUGAUAAUUUUCUUGAUUCCAAGUUUCCGGCGUAGUGUCCUGCCAGUUCUCAGGAAUUCACUUUGCCCCAGGGAAGUGAAGUCAGACACUGUGCUCACUGUGCGAGAGAAUAAAGCAUAA